AAAACAGCCAUCGGUCACUGGGAGGGUAAGCGGAGUAUUUGGCGCUGGGCCCGUUCGUACGUUGUCCGGGGAUUUUUUUUUUUUUUCCGGCGUUGUAGGAGUUCAGGUGUGUUUAAGUAGUCGCGCUUUCUUUAACUGGCUCUUACAUCCGGGGUUUUUUCUCCCGCACCGCCCUUUUGCCGCGUGAGCCAAUGGGUAUCACCGGUUGGAACGCUCCGCCUAUUAGGUCGCGUGGAGCGUCUUGGGAGUUGUAGUAAACUUUUGGAGGUUGCCCUGAGCACGCUUCUUGGAGGAGCUGGAGUCCCACGCACGCUUUGUUGCCCAAGCUCUACCUUAGUAUCUCACAGCAUGGCAGUUCCUGAGACCCGUCCCAACCACACAAUUUAUAUCAACAACCUCAACGAGAAGAUCAAGAAAGAUGAGCUGAAAAAGUCCCUGUAUGCCAUCUUCUCCCAGUUUGGCCAGAUUCUGGAUAUCCUGGUGUCACGGAGCCUGAAGAUGAGGGGCCAGGCUUUUGUCAUCUUCAAGGAAGUCAGCAGUGCCACCAAUGCCCUGCGCUCCAUGCAGGGCUUCCCCUUCUAUGACAAGCCCAUGCGAAUCCAAUAUGCCAAGACGGACUCGGAUAUCAUUGCCAAGAUGAAGGGCACCUUUGUGGAGCGGGACCGCAAGCGGGAGAAGAGGAAGCCCAAAAGCCAGGAGACCCCAUCUGCCAAGAAGGCUGUGCAGGGUGGGGCAGCUGCCCCUGUGGUGGGAGCUGUCCAGGGCCCUGUCCCGGGCAUGGGCAUGCCGCCGAUGACUCAGGCACCACGCCUCAUGCACCACAUGCCAGGACAACCACCGUACAUGCCGCCCCCUGGCAUGAUCCCACCACCAGGCCUCGCGCCGGGCCAGAUCCCACCAGGAGCCAUGCCCCCACAGCAGCUCAUGCCAGGGCAGAUGCCACCUGCCCAGCCUCUUUCUGAGAACCCGCCCAAUCAUAUUCUGUUCCUCACCAACCUGCCAGAGGAGACCAAUGAACUCAUGCUGUCCAUGCUCUUCAACCAGUUCCCUGGCUUCAAGGAGGUACGCCUGGUCCCUGGGCGGCACGACAUCGCCUUCGUGGAGUUUGACAACGAGGUACAGGCAGGGGCGGCUCGCGAUGCCCUGCAAGGCUUCAAGAUCACCCAGAACAAUGCCAUGAAGAUCUCCUUUGCCAAGAAGUAGCACCCUUCCCUUGCCCCGGAGUACCCCCAUCCCCAUCCUGGGGCCAUCCCUGUCCCCCUUGGCUCAGUCCCUGAAGGUAAGUCCCCCUUGGGGGCCUUCUCAGAGCCCUGUGUGAGUGCGUGGUCGCCACACAGCAUUGUACCCAGAGUCUGUCCCCAGACAUUGCACCUGGCGCUGUUAGGCUGGAAUUAAAGUGGUUGUUGUUUUUUUGUUUUUUUUUUUUUUUUUGAGGUUUGGCUUUUCACAACCGUUUGUCUGUCCCAUUAUUAUUAUUAUUAUUAUUUUGCUUUCUGUGGUUCCUUCCUUUCCCUUCAUAUCAACACACCCCAGGCUUUCAGAUGUCAUGGAACUUUUGGGAAAACACAGCGGUAUAGUAACAUUACACAAACUUGUUACAUUGA